GGUCACAGUCGCGGCUCUCCACGCGCCCCUUUCCUGGCAGGGCUUAGUCCCUUGUCUCCCCGUGAGGCUCCUCAUUGCCUCGGGUCAGGCCGUAGGAGUUCAUGGAGGGAAAGGAGGAUAAGCAGCAACAGCAUAAAAUAGAAGAUGCUGGUAUACCAUAUAUAACUGAAAAAAAAGAAGAAAUCAAUGAUGAAAAAAAGCCUGGAAAAAGUAUACAACAUUCAAAACCAUGUGUCAGGAGAGGACGUGUCUGUUAUGCUAAGUUCAUUAACACAAAUGCAAGAACAUGCAAUGAACCAGUUCCUUACAUGGAUCCCAAAAAUGAGCCAGAAAAUCAGGGUGACUGGUGGUCACAUGGUAAAGGACUAGAAAAUCCCUUCCAACCACCUUAUGACACUAAGAGCACCCAAAGGAGCGACUUUCAAAAACCAGCAUGUCCACUGGUUUCACCAGUCAAACAUAGCAAGUUGCAAAAGCCUUCUUAUGGAAUAGUUCCACUUGCCUCUCUUGAUACAUCAGCAGAAUGUCAAAAGAAUUUUAUAGAACGCAUCUCUUUUAUACACCAAUAUGAUGCCAGGAAAACACCCAAUGAGCCCAUCCGGGGAAAGCGACAUGGAGUUUUUGUGCAGACAGAGAUAAAACCAGGGAGUAGGCCAAUAGUUCCUAAGAGAACAGAGGUAUUACUGAAUGCUCCAGGGCUGUGCUCAUCAGAAUGGUCCAAAAAAACAGAGAAAGGAAACUCAGCGGAAAGCAAAAUGAUCUCACCCGGUCUCUGCCGACAAAAUUCCCAGGAGUUGUUAGAGACUAAAACUCACUUAUCAGAAACAGACGUCAGAGAGGCAGCCAAUGCAUGCCCCAAGAGUCCUGAGAGACGGGAGAAGAUUGCAGACCCCUAUCAAAUAACUGCAGUAAAUGCUCUUCUCACCAGCCAUGCCCCUUUAAAUCCACCAGGAAAAUGUCAGGAUAAAUCGGGGUAAAUCACCUUCUUUAUAAAAAAACGUAAUCCUUGGAAUGUAGAGAAA